UAGCGUAGAGAUGUUUGCCGAUCGAAGUGACAACGAAAUAAAACAAGAAGGAAAUCACAGUCCGCCUCGUAACAAAUACUGUGCAUACGACAAGUGUACCGAAGACAAUAGUGAAUACAAUGCAUGUGAUGCCUGUAUGAAAACAUUUUGUGUAAAACAUAUAUCAGACAGAGUACACACAUGUGCACAUAGCAAAAAGCAGUGUGGCGUUAUUAUGCAUGUAGACAACUCAUCUCCAUCAAGUCACAAUAAAUCUGAUAGUAUUCUUCUAGUAAUUAAAAAAGAGGAAACAGAACAUGCAGAUGAAAAAAUUGAUGAUUCAUUAGAUCAACAAGCAAAAAUUAGUCAUCUUAUCAUUAAAUCAGAACCACUAGAUUUAUCUGUCAAUGGUGUGCGGUCUACGUCACCUAAACCUUCCUCUACUAUAGUUGGCAAUAAAAUAAAAACUGAAAAAUGUGAUAGUGAAGCGAUAGGUGCAACACAGGUCAUUGUGUCUGCUAGGCAUUAUCCAAGCAUAAGUCAUUGUAGUACAACACCGCCACAUCGUCAUGGUGAUGAUGAUCGUCCCACAGUAACUUUAGAAUCAGUCAAUGAAAGUGGCGCGAGGGCGCUAUUAUCUUUACAGCAAGCAGCAGAUGCUGAUCUUCCAUCUCAAGUGCAGCCAAUAAAACAUUUACUAGACAGAACAAUCAAAUUAUCUCCAACGUCGUCAUCUUCCUCCUCACCACCUUCCCAUCAUGCAGUGAAUCUCGAAUUGAGGCCAACCGAGUCAGCAAAAAGGAAAAGGCUUCAUGUGUGUGACUUUGAGGGUUGUACAAAGGUUUAUACAAAGAGUUCACAUUUGAAGGCACAUCGAAGAACGCAUACGGGAGAGAAACCUUACAAGUGUACCUGGGAAGGAUGCACAUGGCGCUUUGCAAGAUCUGAUGAACUAACCCGACACUAUAGAAAACAUACUGGUGUUAAACCAUUCAAAUGCACAAAAUGUGAGAGGUGUUUCUCACGAUCUGACCAUCUUGCUCUACACAUGAAACGACACUGAAAAAGAGAUGAAUUAUGGUAACUUCCAUGUUUAUCAAUUUCACGCUGUUAUUUUCCCAACAUUCCCACCAUCUCCUUUGUUCAAACUUCCUAAAACUGGUACAUGCCACCAUGUAAAUUUGGACUGUUCCAUUCCAUUUAAUAGGGGUUGGAUGGCUCUGAUAGUGUAUUUCGUUGUAUUGUAUUUACAUGUAGCAGAUUAUUUUGGUAUCUUAAAUUUAAAAAGUUUUAGAAUACACCCAAUCAGGUGCCAAAUUACUAUAAAAAAAUAGGUGUAUUUUUAAAGUAAGUGAUGAGUUUGCUUCUUAAAAUUGAGGAUUUAACAUCAUGAAUUGCUCAUGUGACCAAAAGAAAAGACUGCACCUCAUUGAAGAAUAGAAGUGAGUCUUCUCCCAACAAAUCAGUUUAUUAAACUAGAUCACUGUUUACUCUCUUUAUAGACUGGUUUCAAAAACAGUGCUUGUAGCCGAUAAAUGAAUGAUUCACGUUAGUGCAGAAAUUGACCAUGUAGCAAAUGUUAUACAAGGAAGAUUUAAAAAAAAACAAAAAACACAGAAUCCAUCCUGAACUAGGAGAUUUUGCUGUUUAAUUGCACACUUCAUGAUACCUAUACAAAGCAUUGUAUACAUCUUGAAAAAAUGCUGUUUUAAAGCCGGUCUAUAGAGAGACUGGAAAAAGCAAUCCAGUCGUCUUAAUGAUAUUUUUCUGUCUUCCGAAAUCAAAAGGAUAUUACUGUCAUCCAAAUAUUGGUUGGAUUUUCUGAUCCUUUCACAAAUUAGUUGUACCAUGUGCUAAUGAAAAAAAUUUAACACUGUGAACAACUUUUGUAAUCUUUCUCAGACUAUACCCACAUUAUUAUUAUUUUUUCAAAUAGUUUGAUUCUUAAGACACAAGGCAUUCGUUUAUCCAAAAUUACC